ACAGCAAAGGUUAGCUUGAGGUGGCCCUACAGCGGACGCGAGGCAAAAGGAAUGCUCCGGGACCGGACGGGAUUCCGGGGCGGGUCCUCUCUAUAGCUAUAGGGCACCUGGGAGAGUACUACCUGAAGAUCCUCAACAGGUAUAUUUUUCGUGAAAUGCCAACUUUGUGGUAAGGAAUGUCCAGCAGACACCAGCGAGAUAGCUUGCGGUUUCAACGCCGGAAAUAGCUCCUACAAGAUGUUCCCAAACAGAUGUGCUUUAAAUCGAUUCAAGGAUUGCUACAAGGCAGACAUGAUAGAAACACCUUUAAAAUAUUGCAUAAAGUAUCACCAGGAGUCCAGCGCUCGUAAGAUGUACGGGGAGUCUUGUCCAGUGUUUUGCCCAAGCCAUUAUCGACCAGUGUGCGGUGCAAAUAAGAUCGCAACUUACGUAUACAGGACCUUUACUAAUGGAUGUUACUUGGACAUGGUCAAUUGUAGGGGCGAUGAAGAUUUCUCUUCGUAUUACGAAGUACCAUUGGAUUUUUGCCAAAGACACCUAAUGAAGAAUAUUUUCCAAGAAAAAUUGGUGAUGUCAAACUUAAAGGAUUACCACGACUACAUGUAGUUUAGAUAAAAUUUUUCGUAUUUCAUAAGCAGAUUAUAAAUUAAAAUUAAAUCAUGUCAAAUAAAAUAACAU